AUGAAUGAUCGGCGAGUUCUUCCUCCCCCGAGCCGGCGUCGCGACAAACCGCAAUUGUCAUGUAAUCUCUGCAGGCGAAGGAAACUUCGAUGUGAUAGAGGCCAACCCUGCGGAUCCUGUGUCCACCGCGAUCUCUCUCAUUCGUGCACAUAUCUGCUUCCCAACGCAAACGGACCCAGCCGUGUCAAUCGGGAACAGCGAUCGGGGACGAUCUCGGGAUUAACGGAGCGUAUUGGGCAGCUGGAAGGACUGAUAUCAUCUCUGGUAGAUAAUGCCAGCGAUGGAAAGGCUGGUCAGACUGCAGGGCAAAUGCCAAUUAACCUGAAUGAGGACAUUCAGGGAUCCACAAGAGCCAAGGCAGGAGCUAGGAGUGGUUCCCAGCCAAGCCAACCAUCCGACUCCUUCGGCCAUAUAUCGCUGCGGCAUAGCAAGACCACUUACGUCGAAGACACUCACUGGACUGCAAUUCUUGAUGAGAUGUCUGAGUUGAAGAGCUCUGCACGAGGUGAGGAUUCUUCUGGCUCCCACCAUGAAACCUCUCCAGGUCGCAGUUCAGACCUUCUCUUCUCUGACAGCCGACCUGCCAACCUUAAGGAAAUCUUAAAGGGUCUUCCCUCCCGACAGGUUGCUGAUAGGCUGGUGGCUUCAUAUUUCAGUUGCAAAAUUCUUCCACCAUAUCGAAACAGUGAUCCACGGCCCGUCAUUUUUAAGACAUGUAAGAGAAAGAUCUCCGUCCCAGCUUGGAAAACCUCUGACCAUGAAACACAGUAUGAAAAAUUCUGGGAAAAGCCACUCGAGACCCCCAUUAUGUGGAUCGGCAAGCUAUAUGGUGUGCUAUGUCUCGCAAUUCAUUUCCAGUAUCAAGCUACCCCCGGAUUCGAGGUCUUCAAAGACCAGAUCGAGGCCUACACGGAAAAGGUCAACCAGUGCUUGAUACUAGGAAGGUAUCAGGAGUGUCCGCCUGACACCAUUGAAACACUCUGUUGCUCGCUCCAUGCCCAGUUUCUUCAACGUGGCGACUCGCGAAUGGACGACUUGAUCUUUCUCGGCCUGGUUGUGCGAACGGCACAACGAAUGGGUUAUCACCGCGACGCAUCCCACUUCCCCCAUAUUUCCCCCUUUCAAGGUGAAAUGAGACGUCGUGUGUGGGCCCUCAUCACCGAUCUAGAUACCCUAGUAUCUACGCAAGUCGGGCUACCUCGAACACUACGAGAGUUCCAGUCUGACACUGCGCCACCACGUAACCUGCUUGAUGAAGAUUUCGAUGAAGAUACUACAGAGCUGCCUCCAUCGCGACCGAGCUCAUUCGAAACACCCUGCCAGUGGCUGGUAGUCAAGAACAAGCUUAUCUCUAUGUUUGGGAUCAUCACUGAUUUUUCGACUUCGAUUCAAAGGCCCGCUUAUGGGGAGGUGAUGCGGUUGGACAAGCUGGUCCGCGAUGCGUAUACGUCCAGCCCGCCGAAUUUCUUGGAGAAACCACUGAAUCGGUCUCUGAUCGAUAGCUCGGAUAUCAUACUCCGUCGCAUUCAAUUGAUACUUCUGCUUGAAAAGGCGUUGUGUGUCUUGCACUAUCGAUAUCUUGCGCCUGCCAGAGUCGACGAGCAAUUUGCGUAUUCUCGAAAUACCUGCAUAGAAUCAUCGCUUCAUAUGUUGGAGUAUCAUUGGAUUGUGGAGCAGGAAAGUAAAUUUGGCGGGAGUCUUUUCGAACAGAGAUGGAAAAUUUCCACACCCUUGUUCAAGAGCCAGUGGAUACUAGCAACCACUCUACUGUGCUUAGAGAUGAACUAUGAUCUCUUGAAUGAGUCGGCAGAGGACUCGAGGUGGAUACCACUGACUGACAACACAAGAGAACGCAUCGUACAGUGUCUUCAGAAGGCGUACCAGGUCUUUUCCCAUUCGAAAGAUGAGUUGGAAGACAGUAGCAAGACACUUCAAGCACUAAAGAUUGUGUUUCAAAAAAUGGGGAAACACUCGAAUCAUAAAUAUGGGACUGUGGACCCUGUCGAAAGUGCUGAUAGGCCAGCAGAUGUUGGUCGGGGUUCAGGUGUGACAACAAGUAACUUCUUUCCGAAAUCCUCAUUAGGAUCUUACUGA